AUGCUUCAUGAUAACGAUCAAAAACAAAUGCAGCCCGCAAAAUCCGUAUGCGAGUCUCCGGCACAGCCACUUGAUGUUGACAAGAAGCCGGUUCUGAGCUGCUCCAGCAGCGCAAACGAGCGUAAGCUAUUGUUUCGCAUACUGCCAGUAACUCUACAUGGCGGAGGAAAAACCGUUGAAACGUAUGCGUUAUUCGACGAAGGAUCGUCUGUCACAUUGGUUGACAGCACGAUCUCCCAGAAAUUGGGUCUAAAUGGCCUGAAGCGAAGCCUCAACCUACAGUGGUAUGGAGGAAGAGCAACUCAGGAACCAACCGUAGUGGUGGACUUGUUCGUCAGUGGAACUGGCAUGAAGAAGAAACAUAAGCUUCGAAACGUUUACAGCGUGUCAAAUUUGAACUUGCCCACGCAGAGCCUGAGCGAAGCAGACCUACGAAGUUCUUCACGCCAUAAGCAGAAACUACCACUGGAGCCAUACAGUGGAGCAGUGCCAAAGCUUCUGAUAGGACUUGACCAUUGCCAUCUGGGCAUGCCUGCUGAGAUCAUGCAAAUUAAUUGUAUCGGGCCGUACGCUGCCAAUACUGAGCUUGGUUGGACCGUGUUUGGGCCAAGUGUGGAAACUUCAUCUAGCACGCAAGUAUGUUUGUUUACGAAGCCAGCUUCAGAUCAAGCGAUGCAUGAUAUGAUUGCAGAAUACUUCGAAACUGAGAGCUUCGGUGUAAAGCCAUUCCCGCCGGUUGAAAGUGCGGCUGACCUGCGCGCAAAGGCAAUUUUGCAUUCAACAACACGCCGAACAAACGGUCGAUAUGAGACCGGCCUAUUAUGGAAGUAUGACGAUAUUGAGAUGCCCGACAGCUACGAAAUGGCGCGAAAACGAUUGAUAAGCAUAGAAAAGAAAAUGCAGCGUGAUGACAACUUUGCAAAAGUCUACAAGCAAAUCAUCAACUUAUAUGUUUCUAAAGAGUACGCAAGAAAAUUACGACCCGAAGAGGCCGCUGCAUUCACCAAGAAGACAUGGUAUUUGCCACACUUUGGCGUGGUUAAUCUAAAUAAGCCAGCCAAAUUACGUCUCGUUUUCGACGCCGCCGCAGAGACACAUGGAGUGUCACUCAACUCGCUACUCCUGAAAGGACCACAGGAUUAUAGAGCACUACCAACCAUCCUAUUUCAUUUCCGCGAAGGAGCAGUAGCCGUUUGUGGCGACAUCAAGGAAAUGUUCCACCAGAUUGUGAUUCGGCCAGACGACAGAUGCGCUCAAAGGUUCCUUUGGCGCGAUGGUGAUACUACAAGAGAGCCAGAUGUCUAUGAGAUGAUAGCGAUGACAUUCGGUGCAGCAUGCUCGCCAUGCGCUGCGCAAUACAUCAAAACUCUGAACGCAAUGGAACACUCUGAUAACGCCGCUCGAGCUGUCAAGGCAAUCCUGGACUACCACUACGUCGACGACUUCGUCGAUAGCUUCAGGAACGUAGAGGAAGCCAUCACUGUAUCUGUACAAGUACGAGCCAUUCACCGAGACGCUGGGUUUGAACUCCGCAAUUUUACUUCGAAUUCGCCCGAUGUAUUUACUGCGUUGGGCGGUGUGGAAGCCACGAUUGCAAUCGCCAACAAAACGAGCUUGUCCAUGGAAAAGGUCCUAGGAAUGUUUUGGCAGCCAUCAAUAGACAGCUUUGUAUUCAGGCUGAAUUUCCACAAUGUCGACAAAAGAGUUGUGUCUGGUGAAAGACGCCCAACGAAAAUAGAACUCCGCAGCAUCAUUAUGUCUAUAUUCGAUCCGUUGGGAUUUUUGAGCCACAUUACAAUUGCCGCUAAGCUAAUCAUGCGCGAAGUCUGGAGACAACAGUCGAGCUGGGACAGCCCUUUACCUGACGACAUAUCUGCCUCCUGGGAAAGGUGGCGUCAAGAACUGCCGGCGAUGGUGGAAUUGGAGAUUCCGAGAUUCUACUUCCGGAACGGCACACCAACACAACGUCAACUUCAUGUAUUCGUCGAUGCCAGCGAGGAAGCCUUUGCCGCCGUAGCCUAUUGGCGUGCCAUCAAUUCCACUGGUGAAGUCGAAAUCGCCUUUAUUUGCUCCAAGGCAAAGUGUGCGCCACUGAAGCCACUCACAGUUCCGCGCCUGGAACUCCAAGCAGCCGUGCUUGGCACACGUCUCCUUCAGACUAUACGAGAAGAACAUUCCGUGAACGCCUCCAGCUGCAUGCUAUGGACCGAUUCAAAAACUGUUGUGAAUUGGAUCAAGAGUGAACAUCGACGCUACAAGCAAUUUGUGGCGCAUCGGGUGGCUGAAAUCUUAGCCACCACUACGCCAUCAAACUGGAGAUGGAUCCCAACGGGUGAGAACGUCGCAGACGAAGCCACUCGUGCCGAUGGAAGAUCCAAGAAUCGCUCCACCUCACGUUGGUUGUGUGGACCAUCGUUUCUACUAGCCGAAGAGUCUAAAUGGCCAAGUCAAACUGUCGUCGAUAAUAAUCAGCCAGAAGUGGAAGAACUGCGUCCGAAAUAUGCCUUAGUCAUUACUAGUGAGAGCCAUUGGUUGGGUAUUACGGUUUGUACACAAGUGUCGCCGCCAACAUGCAACCUUAAGCGAGCAUGGCUUGACAUCAUUAGAGCUUGA